AUGUUUUCGCAAGCGCCACUUUCUCCAGGGUCAACCUCGAUCCGAGCACCUCCUCGUCCGUACUGCUCCAUGGCAACUCUUCAAGUGAUGAAACUUGGAUCGUUAUCUGGCAAUGAAGCAGAAUUGUAUCAGAAAGAAUAUCAAAACGUUGAAGCCCCCUCUAAGGUUGAAAGCUAUCCACCUAUGUCAGAUGAUACUGAAGAGCAACUUGAGAUGCAGAUAAAAAUCCAAGUCACCUAAGGCCGGUGUUUCCAUCAACAGUAACAGAAACUUUGCGUUUGUGAAGGCAUGGGCAAGAUCAGUGGGCUGCCUGAUGAAUUGCUAGUGAAAGUACUAUCGUUUCUUCCAACACAAGUCUCUGUCAAAACGAUGGAUAAACCUCUAGACUUGGGUGACAACUAAAACUAAACCGUCUGAGCGCUACAUGUUACACUGCAUUAUUGUAAGGAAUCUGACAUUACAUCUUCGAUCGUUAAAACCUUGGGUCUCAAGUUUAUGUUAUAGUGUAUUCAAAUGUGGUAGCGUUAUUUGACGGCCACUAUUAGAAGAAUAAGGAACGACUGAGAUUAAAUGUGGAAACUGAUCGAGACUGCUUAACUACGCGAGGAAAGAGAAAAGAAAAUUCAUUCAGAAAAAGUUUGUUACCAAUGAUCAUAUUCUUCAUCUCAAUUUCUCUGUAAGGAUCUUUUCUAUCAAACUCAGAUUCUUAAAGUGUGCUGAAUUCUUUGUUUGUUUUGAACAUUGGAUUUGGAUUGUGAAUAAAAGUGGUAUUCGUUUUA